AUGUACAUAACCAUUAUUAGAUCGAUAGUUAUUUACGCAGUUGAAGCCGGGAUGCUGCUCACGGAGUACAUACGCGCCAUUGUCGUGCUCGAACAGAAAGAGCUGCAAACGAUGUUUGGCGGAGUAGAAACUGAAAGCGGAAAGAGGUGGAGACGUACGAAUCACGAGCUACAGGCACUGCUUGGAGAGAUUCCCAGCGCACAUCUGGCGAAAAAAUGGCAUUCAUCAGUUAACCUCAACCAAUCCGACAAUGAUGUUCCUGGGCUUCGGAUUCUCUACCAAAACGUCCGCGGGCUUCGGACCAAAAUCGAUUACUUUUCCUUGGCCGCUACCGAAUGUGACUAUGACGCCAUUGUAUUAACCGAAACAUGGCUAGACGACCAGUUUCACUCUGCGCAACUAUUUGGUAGUUUUUUUAACGUUCACCGAUGCGAUCGCAAUCACCUUAACAGUACCAAGACACGUGGUGGAGGAGUUUUAGUUGCUGUCUCCACUCGGCUAAUUAGCUACGUUGACCCGACUCCAGUAAGUGACAAAAUCGAACAACUGUGGGUGAUUAUCAAAACACCAACUCGCAAAAUUAGUAUCGGUGUAAUGUAUUUGCCCCCGGAUCGCCGAACUGACGCCAACGCUAUCGAAGACCAUGUUAAUUCCAUCGGCUCUGUUAUGUCUAGUUUGCAGCCUAAUGAUUUAUCGUUGUUAUUUGGAGAUUAUAAUCAACCCGGACUGCAAUGGAUUCGCUUGAAUAAUGACGCCACUUCCAUUGACUAUCUCCAUUCAAAUAUUACUGCUGCUAGUUCCGAUUUGUUAGAUGGUUUUAAUCUGCACAGUCUAUCACAAAUCAAUCACGUGAUCAAUUCCAACGAUCGUCUUCUUGAUUUAAUUCUAACAAACGAGACUCUAUGUGAACUGUUCGAAGCUGUUGAGCCACUUGUACCUCUCUAUCCUAAUCACCCAGCGCUGAAUGUAACGGUAAACCAGAACUUGCCCAUACAAUUCGAAGAUACUUCAGUUGAACCGUGUUUGGACUUUCGCAGAACUGAUUUUGAGUCUUUGAGCAAUGUCAUGUCUCGUAAUGAUUGGCUAUUUCUGGAAUUCAAUCCCGCUGUCAACGAUGCAAUCUUUAACGAUGCUGUUAAUAAUGCACUAGUUCAUUGCACUCCUCCCCGCAGACCGCUACGUAAACCACCGUGGUCGAAUCCACGUUUACGACAACUCAAGCGGCAGCGAGCUCAGACUCUAUGGAAAUACUGCAGAUUGCGAAAUGCUUCACUGAAACAGAAUUUCAAUCGUGCUAGUAACCUAUAUCGCAAAUACAACCGGUAUUUAUACAAACGGUACACCAAUCGAAUGCAACAUAAUAUCAGAUCAAAUCCGAGAAUCUUCUGGUCGUUCGUUGACAGCAAAAGGAAAGAGGAAGGAUUGCCUAGAGAUAUGUUUUUGGGAGAUAGUCAUGGCAGCAGUAUGCCAGAUAAAUGUGCCUUUUCCGCCCAACAUUUUCAGCACAAUUGCCGUGAUUCCGUUGCUAUAACCGCGCAAAUCAAUACAGUAUUAUGCAACACUCCUGCGGACGUCUUGGAUUUCAGUCUACCCGCAAUUACUGAUCGUUAUGUUGAAGCUGCCAUUAACAAACUUAAAUGCUCAUUUGCCGCCGGACCCAAUGGAAUUCCAUCAUGUAAGCCUAUUUCCUACAACUUGGAAGUUUUCAGCUAUGUUUCCAGUGAAUAA